AAGGAUUAGAUAGGUGAAUAUCACUAUCACUAAAAUAUAUUAACUAUAUCACUAAACUAUAUUAAGUAUAUCACUAAAGUAUAUUAAGUAUAUCACUAAAGUAUAUCAACUAAGAUCACUAAAAUACAACUGCUUAGUAUAAAUUUGGGAAUAUACUUCUUGUUAAAUAGUAUAUUUUACAUGUAUUUGCAAGUUUUAUGAUUUUGCAGGUUACAUAGUUCAAUGCAGAAGAAGUACAAGACUUCGUGCACAUAGUUUGUCAAAGUUUACAAACACUGCAGAUACUCCUGUAGAUUUAGAAUCCGAAGAUCAAGCAAACAUGAAUACCAACACCAUAGGAGACAAAAGACCACUUGCAAAAGUCUAUCGACGUCCAGAUAACAAAGUCAUAAAGGCUACUGCUGGAAGAAAUAUCAAAACUCUUGUUGGAAAUAAACUUGUUGAUGAAGUAGAAGGGGAUGAACAUAAUUGUAAUAAUCUGGUGGAUGAACAAGAUGGAGAUCAAGAUAAUGACAAACAAAGUGAUGAAGAUAUGCAAGAAGGUGAAGAAGACAGUGCACAAGAAGAUAGUGCAGAAGACAUGGAGCAAGACGAUAGUGCACAAGAAGGUGAAGAAGGUGAUGACGAUAGUGCACAAGAAGGUGAAGAAGGUGAUGAAGAUAGUGCAGAAGAAGAAGAUGAUGAACAAGACGAUGUACUAAACGAAAGUGAGGAAGAAAAUGAGGAUGAACAAGAAGAGGAUGAAACAGAAAAUCAAGCUCAAGUCAACAAUGCACAACCAAAGAUUAAAAUAACAAAAUACAAAAGGAAAAAGGAAGCUGCAUUUGAAACUCAUAUACCAAGAAAAAGGAUUGCUGGAACAUUAUAUCCACUAUUGAAGUUCAUGAACAAGGAUGUUAAGAAAACAGAAGGGGCUAAACAUAUAAAUAAGAAAAAAGACGAGGUCAAGAUAAGGAUAUCUCCAAGGCAUUUUAGUAAGAUGGUAGGUGAACUCACAAAAGAGCAGAGGGACUGGGUUACAAGAGCUGGUUUUGCACUCUUACUGGAUUUUGAGCUUGACAUUUUGCCAACCAAAAUCGCCUACAAUGUACUCCAAAUCUUUGAUCACCACUCAAUCUCACUGAAGCUGAAGGAUGGAGAUAUUAAUAUUACAAGUGAAGAUGUUUAUGAUGUGUUAGGCCUGCCAAAUGGAGGACAUCCUAUUAUUCUGGCAUCACCUGGAAAGUACAGUCAAAGAAUCAAAGAUUGGCAUGCACAAUUCACUUUAUCUGAUCAAAUAACAACACAGAUGAUUGUUCAAGUGAUGAAAAACCAAGAAGUUAAUGAUAACUUCAAAUUAAACUUCCUUCUUGUUAUGUCAAAUGUGCUUAUUGGUACAAAAGGAGCUUCUUAUGUGGACAAACAACUGCUGCAACUUGAUGAUAACCUUGACAAUCUCAAGAAGUAUAACUGGGCAGAUUUCCUCCUAGGCUACCUUGUAAUUGGAAUGGAGAGUUGGAACAGAACAACAACAACAUUUUUCCGAGGAUCACUAAUCUUUCUCACUUUGUUAUAUGUCGACCGUGUGAGGUACAAAGGAAUGAACCUGGUUGAUAGACAAUUUCCUUCCUACAAUGGUUGGACUCUAGAAAUGUUGAGACAAAGACAAGAAAUUGAGGUGAUUGACGGAGCUUUUGGAGUUGGAUCAAUCCAACCAAGUUUAAAAGAAUAUCUACAAAAAAUUGAUCCUUCUGAACCUCCAAAGACAAAGGUAAAUGAGAAUGAACAUGGAGACUGGGAUACGUGGCAGUAUUGGUCAGAGGUGGAUAGAAUUGAAAAAGAUUACCUGAAGAGAAAGGAGUCAACAUCACAACAACCUCAUGAAUCAACUCAGUGCCAAAGUCCACAAAAUACACAGUAUUACACUCCUCCAACAGAGGCAGCUGAUGGAAAUGUUGAACAAACUGAAGAGGAUGUACUUCAUGAUUUACGUAAAAGGGCAGAGGAACUUGUGGACAUAAAGUCCAAAUUUGAUGAAGAUUUAGUGAAAGCAAGGGAAAAGUUUCCCGAUAAUAAAAACUUUGCUAUUAUCGGUGAAAUGCUGAAAGAAUAUCUCAUUCCUAACCAGGAAACUGGUGAUGAUUUGGGUGAUGAAUUAUCACCUGAAAUUGUCGCCAGCCUAGAAGUUGUUGAAGAAAUGGACAGAACCGACAUUGAGAUCCUUGCUGAGCAACAGAAAGAUGAUGAGAGAUAUGUCCCUCCUUUUUCCCUUGGCCUGGAUGACAUAGAAAAAGAAAGCAAUCAAAAUUUGGUCACGCCAGAGCCAGAACCACAAGAGAGAGAAAAAAGCAAGAGGACAAAGAAAAUUGGUCCAUAUCAAAAAUCACCCUAUGUCAACAGGGUGAUUGAUAUCAAGCAAAGAAUGAACAAUGAAGACUUUGGAUAUUGGGUCUUCUUGCUAAAGAAAAAGGGCGAGCUAUUGGAUGAUUUGUUUAGAUGGGAGGAAGUCAGAUGUAUAAAGGAACACUUGUUGACGCUGAAACCAAAAACAAGUGUAUACUACUCUGUGAUUGAUACAUGGGCAACAAUCCUAAAUGACAGUGAAAAGUACAAGGCAGAUGGGUCACCACUAAGACUUUUCUGCACAAUAGGAGAUUUGAUUUUCAGCAUUGAUGCAGAAAAGAAAGUCACCGAAACUUAUGAUUCGUUUGCCAGUGGGAUGGACAAGAUUCUUCAAACUUUUUCCAUCAAAAAAGUGGAAGACGUGGAAAUGGUGUGCUUUCCUAUUAAUAAAUAUGAGCAUUAUUAUUUGGUAUGCUAUGGUAUCAAAACCAUGGGAUACUUUAUAAUUGACAAUAUUAAACGUGAAGCACAGCCUAAGAUGUACUAUAGCAGAGUUUUGGAGGUUUUGCAUUCUCACUUUUGCAAUUAUAUAAGUAGGAAUGAAAAUCCAAAUUUGGGAUCAAGAGUGCGGAAAAUGAAGCCUCGUUUUGUGAAAAUGCCAUGGCAGACUACUGACAAUUCCACAGAUUGUGGUAUCUUCCUCAUGCGCCAUAUGGAAACCUUCAAAGGAGAUAUUAAAAACUGGAACACUGACUUAACAGAAGAAGGGGUAAGAUUAGUUUAAUAUUUUACAUACUUAUAUACUGCUUUACAUUUUAGUGAUAUAGUUGACAUACUUUAGUGAUAUACUUA